ACUGCGGAAGAAGGAUUAUGCGAAACCCUAGAUUCACGUCUCUUCUCAAAUGGGUUUCGAGAACUUCUGCGGAAAACGAGCUUAAACCCUAUAAAACCCUAGUUUCAGGAUCUGGGUUUAGGUAUACUGCUCAAAACCCUAGGUUUUUCGCCACUAGGAGAUUCUCUGAAUCCGGAGAGAUUGUUAAUGGUAUCCGAAUUAGGCCCUCUGUUCGUAAAAAAGCCGAGGCUGCCUUCUUUGAUUACUUUUAUGUCACCAAGGCUUUUCCGUUUCUAGUUGCUGAGUGUAUGAGCAGAACCGCUCCUGCAUUUCUUGAGAAUCCUCUGAAGAAGCUCAAUGCUCGUGCUGAUAUUGCGAAAUCCAUCUCCGGAUACUUGUUGUUUCACCCGAUAAACGAGUUCGAGAUAUUCUUUGAGAGCUUAGGUUUGAAGCAGACUGAAUACCGCAAUCUGCUUCCCGGUGAUAAGAUGUUCUUGAAUGAAGAUUAUCUAAUGUUAGAGAAUUACCAUAUUUUGUAUAACUACGGGAUUGCCCACGAGAAGAUCGGGAAGAUUUACAUGGAAGCUACCGAAGUUUUCGGGUACAAGAACGGGGCUUUAGCAUCUAAGAUUGGAGCUUAUGAGGAUCUGGGGCUUAGCAAAACAUGUGUAUCCAAACUUAUCGUCUGUAGUCCGAGUGUCUUGAUCGGGGAUAGGAAUGUAGAACUUGCUAAUGUUUUAGAGAUUCUGAAAUCCGUUGGGUUUGACGACAGUUGGUUAGAGGAGAGCUUGUUGGAGGAUGAAUCAUAUGAUUGGAGUAUCGUGCUCCGAACUAUGAACUUGCUUAGAGAGAUCGGUUUCGACAAAGAUGAGCUGUUUGGGUUAAUCAGGAAGCAUCCAAGACUCAUUUUUGAGAGUUCAGGUGAUUGGACACUGAUACUGGUAGGGUUUCAGACCAAACUCGGGUCAUCUAAAACUGAGAUCCAAUCUUUAUUUCAGACACUGCCCCAGAUUGAGGUAGGAAAAUUCGUUUCAAAUCUAAGGGGUUGCUUUCUGUUACUAAACGAGCUUGAGAUGAAGCCUGGUCAGAUCGGUAAGAUUUUUCGUACUCACUCCUGGUGGCUUGGUACCUGCAUUUUGAAGAGCAGUCAGACAUUGAUCAAUAACAUGAAUGCAGGAAAAAGACGAAUUUGUCAAAUUAUCCUUGAAAACCCGGAGGAAAUGAAGAAAUGGGCUCUGCGGUCAAAACUCCAGCAGCUACCUCGCUCCGAGGAGAAGGUUAAGUCAGAAAAGAUGAAGAUUCAGUUCUUAUUGGACAUCCGAUACGUAGAGGACUUGAAAGACAUGGACAGAGCAUUCAAGAAAUUCUGUUGCAAGGGAUCUGAACUCCGAAAGCGAUAUGAUUUCAUCGUGAGUUUGGGUCUGAACGAGAAGGAUGUCAGAAAAAUGGUUAAAGCACGACCUCAGAUUCUCAACCGAGGGACUGACAUCAUCCAGGCAAAGGUGGAUUACCUCGUGAAGGAACUAGGUUAUCCGCUGUCUUCUCUGAUGGAUUUCCCGUAUUAUCUUGUAAUGAGCCUCGAGCUAAUCAAGCUCAGAUUCUCCAUGUACUCUUGGCUCAAAGGCAAAGAAAAGGUGGACCUGAAGUUCACCAUUGGCACCAUACUCGGUAGCUCGGAGAAAUAUUUUGUGAAGAGAUUCGUGACCCGACACCCAGAAGGGCCUAAACAUUGGGCAGAUUUGAACAAACGGAUUCGAUCUCGAGUAGAUGAACAUCAUGAGGAUACCAAUCAGAAUCAAGAGAACUUCCAGACGUAAAAGCUUCUCUCGUGGAUUUGGCCUAUUUCCUGCAUAAACUAAGGCACUUCUCAGUUGCUGAACUUCAAUUAACCCACGAACAGUUUCAGUGUGGAAAAUCUACCUGCAGAGGGGUCCUCUUGGUUCAAUAUACAGAGCAAAAUUGCUAAAUGCUCAAUUUCCUGCUUUUGAAGAACAUGCCAAUGGCAUUGCUAUCUUUGAAUGAGGGACAAUUCAUCGAAGUGCUUCAGACAGCAUCAAAACUGUAACUCUUUUAGGUUUGUGCAGCAUUGAGGUUAACAAGCCACAUUCAUGGAACCUGCAACAUCUUUUUGUAUGUAAAGAGAAAACUGUCCUAUUCAAAAACACAUGGAAAAAAGAACAGGCACAUGGUCAAGGUCUUCGAUCAAAUAUGGAGGAGAGAGUCUUCUUACAUAGCUCCUUCGGCUCCCUCGUCUUCGUAAGGGCAGCUUCCUGCUCUUAGACCAAAAAAAGAAGAUUGUUUUUGUUUGUCCUUUCAUUGCAAAUGUCAAUGAUAAAACAUACAGAUCCGGCACCAUUAACGCAAGGGGGGGUAAACUUAUUAUGAUGCCUGCUUCGGCCAUAUAGAAGAGAGCGAAUUCUGAUCAGAUCUCGACACCAUUAACAGGAGAAUCAUGAUCAGAUCUCGGGUUUUCCGAUUUGUCAGCAAGGAAAUGGCCAUCGGGAUAGCUGCCAGCAUUGGCUCGAUGGGAUCAGGAGAAUACUGGUGAAGAACCAUGGGGACAACUGCUUGAAAAUGGUGUUACCACCGGGGUCAAGCCAUCACAUAGCAAAGACAACUACAAGGAAGGAAAUUCAACAAUACCUCGUACCAAUCAUCAAGAAUCUUUUCUGUACUGUGUCCAGCAACUGGUUCCCCUGUCGGGAUUUGAGUUGUGGCUACGGCCGUCUGUGAAGGGGUGCAAUUGGAGCUUUUGCACAUGGCCCCCAAAUUUAAUGGGACCCCACUUUUUUUUUUAAAUUUAAUAAGAUUUUUAAUAAAACUAAAAAAC